AUGGACCAGCCUACCUAUAUUUUCCCUAUUGAUGCAGAGCCACUACAUCGCUACCGACAAGGCGGUUAUCACCCAGUCACCUUAGGGAAAUGCCUUAAAGCUGGAAGGUAUAAGGUCUUGCAUAAAUUAGGGUGGGGUGGCUACUCAACAGUUUGGGCAGCGCGAGAUCAAAGGACAGGGACUUACGUCGCUGUGAAGGUUUGUGUUGCAGGACGUGAACAUGAUAGGGAGACGCGAGAACUCCAAAUUAUGAAGGAACUGGCAUCUCAUUUCCAUAGUCCGACGCAUGUGGUGCAGUUGCUCGAUGACUUCAACCUAAUGGGCCCCAAUGGGUUCCACAAUUGCCUCGUUUAUGAACUUUUGGGGCCGAACAUUCCGGACGUAGUUGAUGCUCAUUUUUCCGGCGGGAGACUCCCUGGAAAGCUUGCGAAAAUCAUUGCCAAGCAAAGUCUUUCCGGGCUUAAUGAUUUACACCAACGAAAUAUUGGACACGGAGAUUUGCACACUCGCAAUUUGGCCUUCACCAUGCCUUGCUUGGAUAAGGUAUCCGAAGACGGUUUCUUUGAGAUCUUGGGAAAACCAGAAAUAGGCCAUGUCCAGAGGGCCGAUGGGAAAGACCUUGAGCUCGGCGUGCCAGAGUAUAUUGUCAAGCCCAUCUCAUAUCAAACACGUUCUUGGGACUCGAUUCGAGCACCCGAAGUCAUAUUCCACAAUCAAAUUGAUUAUCAUGUUGACUUGUGGAGUAUGGGCUGCAUGCUCUUUGAACUUUUCACGGGCCAGCCGCCUUUUGACACCUUCCUAAUAACACCCCGAAUUCUCGUCGGUCAAAUGCAAGAGAUGGCGAGUGACGACCUACCUAAAAGGUGGCAAAAGAUAUGGAAUACGAUGAAUAAAGGGGACGAUGUGACCGUGGAAAGCUCUGGGCCUAACCUGCAAGAAUGGCUGCAGGAAGUGUAUUUUGAUGGCCACAGGGCCCCUGAUCUCACAAGAGAGGGCAUAACGAGGCUAGGAGAAAUCAUUGGCAGCUUGCUGUGUUUUGAACCGUCGGCAAGAGCAUCAGCGAGACAGAUACUCGACGACCCUUGGUUCAAGGAGUAA